AAAGAGGCAAGCUUUAUCAGUUCAACUAAUCAUACAAGUCUGUAAAUAUUUAUAUAUGCUAAUAUUGUACAAGUAUCAAUGCGACAAAAGCAAUUUAUUAUUGAUUAAGAAGUCGCAUGAUGAGCGUAAAACACUCAGUCAACCAGUGCAGCUCAACGGAAUAAUAACAACGCAACAAAAGUGAAAUGCCACCAAUGUAUGCUGAAAUCUGUUUGGUGAUUUUGACAAGCGUUUGUUUGUUGUCUUCAGCCGAAAUCAGUGAAUAUUUAAUCAAAUCAGAGCAACUACCAACAGAUCUUAACUUUAUGCCCACGCUGGGUAAUGGACAUAUGGGCUAUACUGUAUUUGGCGAUGCCAUCUUCAUGAAUGGUGUCUACAACGGCGUGGCAGGCAAUAGUCGCCGUGCGCGUAUUCCCAAUUGGCUUAACUUAAGUGUGGCCACAAUUCAAUACGAGGAGUGGGAGCUCGCCAUCAUACCGGAUAUGUUUGAGCUGCAACUGCAAGAUGGGUACUUCCGCUGGCAAUUUGCCUAUGAGGCGAAUGGCUUGCAGCUGAAAUUAGAACAACGCACAUACCCACACCGCUACUACAAUCGUGCAUUGAUCUAUGAACUUUUCGUGCACUGCUCCGGCGCUAUAGAUCCAUUGCUAAUCAAGUUGAUCCGAAAGCCCGGUAGUGAAAGCGAAGCUUUUGACUUCGCACCAUUGAACAGCACCAACGGUACAGUGAGCUAUAAGAUGCUGCAAGGUGUAACCCGCUUAUUAGAACAGCCAAAAUUUCAAACUGAGCCACGUAAGAUUUUCGUGGCAUUCAGUGAUGAUUGGGAGACUGAACAUACCAUCGAACUAAGUGCUGGCCAAGCCGAGUUUUAUUACCGCUAUGUGAUUACUGCAGACGAGAAAGAGGAGAUGGCACGACGGGAAAUGGCUGAAGUUUUAAAACUUACACCGGAGUUACUUUUUCAGAAGCAUGCUUUGGAGUGGCGAACAUUUUGGAGUGAUUUUAAUAUACAGAUUGACGGAAAUUUGGAAUUGUCGCAUAUAGUUAACGCUGGCAUAUUCUAUUUGGCCAAUUCCCUGCCAUCUUUAAACACAAGCCAGCCGAAUGCCGCUUACUUUGGACUCAGCCCAACUGGCAUUGGACGCGGUCAACUCGACGCCGACUAUGAAGGACAUAAUUUUUGGGAUACAGAAAUCUGGAUGCUACCAGCUGUCACACAGUUCAGUACGAGCUGGGCAGCGGAGCUGCUGCAAUACCGAUUCGAGCAACUGCCCGGCGCACGAUAUAACGCGAAGCAAACUGGCUAUCAAGGGGCGCGGUAUCCCUGGGAGAGCGCCUACACAGGUACAGAAGUGAUAAACCCUUGUUGUACCGAGAUCGCCGCACAGGAAAUUCAUAUCUCGCCCGAUAUCCUAUUGGCACUACAGCACCACUAUGCAGUAACACAUUCCAAAGAGUGGUUAUGCCGAGUCGCCUGGCCAAUUGCGAAGGAAGUGGCCGAGUUCCUGGUUAGUCGUGUGAGGGAUGAUGGUCAAAAGUAUCACCUAGAAGGGGUCAUGGGCCCAGAUGAAGACCACUCCAAUGUCAGCGAUAAUGUCUAUACGAAUGUGGUUGUUAAACAGGCGCUAGAGUUCGCAAGCUUUGCGUGUUCCAUAUGUGCUUGCGACGAAGAUCGGCCUCAUGUUUGGUUAGAUAUCGCACGGCGCAUGCAAAUAUUAUAUGACAAGAAACUGGAUUACCACCCACAGCACUUGGGCUACCAGCGCGGUGAGACUGUGAAGCAGGCAGAUGUCGUUCUACUGGGCUAUCCCAUACAGUAUGCCAUGUCCAACGUUACACGACACAACGAUCUUCUCAACUAUGAGGCGGUGACCCGUGAGUCUGGACCUGCCAUGUCAUGGUCGAUGUUUGCCAUUAAUUUUUUAGAUGUCGAAGAUAUAGCAAAAGCUAGCUUAUAUUUCCAAAGAGGCUACAAGGAUUAUGUACGGCCGGAGUUUAAGGUCUGGAGUGAGAACAAAAUUGGCUUUCAGGGAUCAGCAAACUUUCUAACGGGCAUUGGCGGUUUUCUGCAAACAAUUAUCAAUGGCUAUGGUGGUGUACGUAUGCAUUUGAAUGGAAAUCAGUCUAUAAUGGUAAUCCAAAAAACUUACUGCCUGCCCACAAGCAAAGGUUUCACGAUCAAUGGUAUUAAAUUUGCGCAAUCAAGAUUUGCCUUGAAAAUUCGUACAAACGGAACGACAACAUUAAGCUGUGUGGAAAAGGGCAACUUGAACAUUGAGUUAUUUGUCGACUCCAAAAAGUAUGCAAUAGAUGAGCGUUUCUCAAUCGACCUGACUGGAAAUACGGUAUCUCUCCGCACGAUUUAAAUAACAAAUGCUCUUACCGUAUUGUGUCUGGUUUCAUACAACUCAGCUUUAUUGUAGACACUUAGAAAAUAUAGGUUAUUCUACAAUACUAGUUUAUCUUGAACGACUAUUUAAUAAAUGUUGUGAACUGUGGCUACUGAACGCUUGGUAAUCACUUUAUAAUUGUCCGUUUGGGCUAUUGCAA